GCGCAGUUGGGUAUUUCUUAUCUGAAAGGUUGAAAGCGUGGUGUAGCGAGGGAAUAUUGGCGAUGAAAGCCUGUCUUCUUUUUUUCCACUUACUUAUUGUAUUAGAAGCGCCAACAUAUAAUUUCAAAACUUUUUUUUAAAAACCCGCUAGGAGAACAGGCACUGGGCAUGCGUGAAUGAGUCGUAAUGUCAAAAUGGAGGCAAGAUCAUAGAGAACGAGAGAAAGAGAGCCGCUAGUCCCGUUGGCGCAUGCGCACAGGCUCUACUUCCUUUUUCCUUGUGGCGUGAGCCGGCAUUUGCGGAAGGGGCUGCUGUUUACAUUGUGGGGAAGGGGCAGGCGCACCUCAUGGAGGAGAGCCUGAGAUCGGGUCCCCUGCACGUGAUCCGCGAGGGGGACUGGGCCGUGCUCAAGCGGAACGAAGUCUUCAAGGCGGUAGCGGUGCUGAAACGAAGAAAAAUCACCUUUGAAAAGCAGUGGUUCUUUCUGGACAAUGCCAUUGGACACGUUUAUGGAACGACCUUUGAGGUGACUGGUGGGGGAAGCCUUCAGCCAAAAAAGAGGGCGGAAGAGGCAACUGCAGAAACAAAGGAAGCAGGCACCGACAACCGGAACAUAAUUGAUGAUGGGAAGUCUCAAAAACUGACUCACGAUGAUAUAAAGGCUUUGAAGGAUAAAGGCAUUAAAGGACAGGAAAUAGUUCAGCAGCUGAUAGAAAACAGCGCCACGUUCAGAGACAAGACAGAAUUCGCCCAAGAUAAAUACAUAAAGAAAAAGAAGAAAAAGUAUGAGGCUGUCAUUACAAUCAUAAAACCAUCUACCCGAAUUCUGUCAACAAUGUACUAUGCAAGAGAACCUGGAAAAAUCAACUAUUUACGAUACGAUACUCUAGCCCAGAUGUUGACUUUGGGAAACAUCCAUGCUGGGAACAAGAUGAUCGUAAUGGAAACCUGUGCAGGAUUGGUGCUGGGUGCAGUGAUGGAACGGAUGGGGGGUUAUGGAUCCCUUAUUCAGAUGUACCCUGGAGGUGGAGCCGUUCGAACAGCCACCAACUGUUUUGGGUUUCCAGAAUCCUUUUUCCAGACACUUUAUGAGUUUCCUCUCAACAAAGUGGGAAGUCUUCUCUCUGGAACAUUUUCUAUCAAGGCAUUGCCUUCAGAUACCGAAGAGAACAUGCCAUUGGCAGAAGAAAGCAAUGGAUCACUGGAUGAAACGCAGCUUUCCAUGCAAGAAACAGAUAUGGCGAGUGGUACUGAGGUCGCGAUGGAGUCCAGGCCAUCUGACGAACAAGAAACCAUGGAUCUUCCCACCGAUGGGGACGCAAUGGAAGAUAAUAAAGCAAAAGGAACUAUGCAGAACAAACAAAAGAAACAAGAGGAAAGGAGAAAAAAGUUGGUAGAAGCUGCCGCUUUGCUGAAAGGCAAAGAUGCCGAUGGUUUAAUUGUAGCCAGUCGAUUCCACCCAGCGCCUUUAUUACUCUCGUUAUUAGAAUUUGUGGCUCCCUCGAGGCCUUUCGUUGUUUACUGCCAAUAUAAAGAGCCGUUAUUGGAAUGCUACACGAAGCUGAGGGAGAGGGGCGGCGUUGUUAAUUUGAAGCUUUCUGAAACCUGGUUACGCAACUACCAGGUCUUGCCGGAUCGAAGUCAUCCCAAAUUGACCAUGAGUGGCGGCGGAGGGUACCUAUUGACAGGCAUCACUGUAAUCAAUGAGAAUCUAAAAACCAAUGACUGCUCAGAACAGAAAACCGAAGAACCAACGCCCAAAAAACGUAAACUUCAAGAUCCCCCAGCACGGCAAGAAGACAUCUUCCUUUAAAUCCUUCGGACAUGAAUUGCAUUAUGCUGUAAUGCCAGCUGUAUUUAAAACACAGAAAAAAAUAUACAUGCCUUGCUAUGGUUGCAAGAGAAAGAGAAGAAAUAUAUUUCAGGAAAGGCUGAAAAGAGGCUUUUAAAUAGUACAGUGCUUUGCUGUCCAAACCAGUCCAGACAUCUGUAGUGCCAUAGUUCCAAGCAUAUAUUUUAAUGUUCAGGGAGUGAAAAAAACAUAAACUCCAAGAAAUGUUCUUUCAAGAGAUGUUGCCAAAGCUAUCAGGUUCUCUCACUCUGUUAUAGAUCAUGGGAUUUGAAUUUAAGCAAGAAUGUUGUUUCCAAGUGCACUGGCACCUUAUUCCGAUGAGGAAGUUCCGAAUGGUACUGUCUCUUGACAUUUUUUUACAAGGUAAAAUGAAAAUUGCAAAUUCACUUUGGAUGGACACAGAGGACUGUCUUUUUAUCCGCUACUUCUGAAUGUGAGGACUAAGAACCCUUGGGUAGAUGCUGUAAAUUUCAAAAUGCCAGCAGUUUAAUUUUUUGAUAAUUUUUUUUUGUCUUGAAAGUUGGUUUACCGCCUUCCUUUAAAAAAAAAAAAAAGUAUGAUGGCUUUUUGUAUUGUGUAGAAUUUAUUAUCUGGAAAUUUGCAUUUCAAUAAAUUCUAACAAUUUUUUA